UGUCCUGCCGCGGCCGGCGCUACGGCCUCUUCCGCCUCUUCGCGGCCAUCGUCGUCGCGCUCUGGCCCGUGGGCGUGCCCCUGUCCAUCUUCGUCUACCUCCGGCGGCGGCGCCGGGCGCUGGACCCGACGGCCUACGCGGCGGACGCCCUCGAGGCCGACGCGCUGAGCCGCGCGCGGUCCGACGACGCGGACCUCGCCGCGUCCGCGUUCCUCUGGGCGUCCUACCGGCCGCCGACGUACUACUGGGAGUGCGUCGACAUGGGCCGCCGCGUGCUGCUCACGGGCGGCGUCGUCUUCGCGGGGUCCGACGCGACGCGCUGCUUCGCGGGCCUGGCCAUCGCGCUCGCGUUCCUGUUGCUCAUCGAGACGGCCGCGCCGUACGCGGACCCGGGCUCGAACGCGCUCGGCGUCGCGGGCGCGUGGCAGGUCGCGUGCUCCUUCCUGAUCCUGUUCCUGUGCUCGACGCGGUUCUUGGACGUGCCGCGGGUCCUGCUCGGCUUCGUGGCGCUCGUGGCGAACCUGGCCGUGCUCGCGGGCCUGUCGCUGUCGCGCUACCUCGAGGAGCAGCGGAAGCGGCGCGUGGAGGCGGACGCGUUCGAGGCGUCCUUCCGCGAGUGCGAGCUCGACUACGACCGCAUGAUGCAGAACGACAUCAUCGACCGGCUCCUGGCGGAGCGCCGGGGCGGCGCGCCGGCGCCGGAGUCGCGCGGGUCGUCGCCGCGCGGCGCGCCGUCGCCGCGGCGGCCGCGCGCGCGGCCGUUCGCGGCGCUCGAGGGGCGCCUGGGCAUCGUCGAGCUCGCCGACGACCCGUCGCCGCGGUCCGCGGGCUCCUUCGAGGCGUCGCCGAGCUCGACGGCGCGGCUGCCCACGGCGCCGAGCAGCUGCGGCGAGCCGACGCCGCCGGGCUCGUCGCGCGUCGCGACGCCCCCGCCCAAGGACGUCGACGGCGACAUGGCCUGGCUCGCGCGGCGGCCCUACGAGGCCCUCGAGAUCGCGGCGCCGGAGCCGGCGCCGCCGCGCGGGGGGCUGCGCGCGGCCGCGCGCGCGCUGCGGACGAAGACGCUCCGCGUCUGCGCGAGCCCCGUCGCGGCGGGCGCGGGCCGCCUCUACGAGCGCGUCGAGCCGCGGCUCUUCGGGUCCGCGGAGCUGCGCAUCAGCCCCCUCGUCGCCCACUACCCCUGCUACGUCGUGUCGCUGUCGCGGCUCCGGACGCUCGGGCGCCUCGCGCUGCUCCUGCCGCCGCGCCCCGCGAUCGAGAACAUCGGCGACGCCAUGGACCGCCUCGAGAUCGAGAGCGCGCGGUCCCGCGGCACGCCGCGGGACGCGCGCGACGAGCCCCGGGCCUACCCCUGGGUCAUCGCGCGCGGCGCCGCGGACGUCUUCCUCCUCCGCUACGUCGCCGCGUCCGGCGCGCUCGAGGGGUCCGUCUACCGGCCCCUGCCCGGCGUCGAGCACAUCCCGCGCCUCGAGGCGCCCUACGUGACCCAGAUGGCCUCCGGCGGCGCGCGCCUGCCGACGACGACGCACGUCUUCGCGCGCGCGCCCGGAGAGACGGAGCGCGCGGCCGCCGUCGUCCGCGCCGCGACGCCGCUCGCCGCGGGCUCCAUCUUCGGCUGCGGCGAGUGCUGGCACCACCUCGUGGGCCUGCCCCCGCCCGACGCCCUGGGCGAGGGGCAGGCGGGCGCGGCGGCGCUCGACGCGAUGUCGCGCGCGCGCCGCGUCGCGGGCGGCCAGCUCGACGUCGGCGCGGACGGCACGCUGUCGCGGUGGUGCGUCUACACGUCGAGCCUCCGGCCGGAGCCGUCGGACGUGCUCGCGCUCGCGUCCCAGGUGCCCCUGCCCUUCGAGCGGCUCUGGCUCAUCUGCGUCAAGGAGCCCGCGGGCGACGACGGCGCCCGACCGCGGUGGCCCGGCUGGGCGCCCGGCCCGCGCGACCGCGACGAGCUCGAGGCCGCGGGGCGGCUCCAGUACACGUCGGCGACGUCCUUUAUCGUCAAGGCGGCGACGGUCGACGCGCGGGCCUACGAGGACGCGCGGUCCGCCGUGCUCGUGGCCAUGAACGCGCGGCAGCGCUUCCGCGAGGCCAAGGCCGAACUCCGCGCGUCCGCGGCGGGCGCGCGCGCGCGCGACGACGCCCGGCGCCUCGCGGCGGAGGCGCGGCUCCACGAGGCGCACCUCGAGUACUCCGCGUCCAAGGCGUCGCUGCGGGGCACGGCGGCCCUCGAGACCUUCCUCCGGGGCAAGCGCGAGCGCCGCGCGCUCCGCGGCCUCGGCAUCUUCGACGACCGCUGGCCCCGGCUCUACGCGCGCCUGCGGCUCGUCGAGAUCGGCCGCGCCGACACCGGCUCCGUGCUCUCGCUCCUCCCGAGGGACAUCGCGCUCUACCUCCUCGAGUUCCUCCUCAUGCGCCCAGGCGACCUCGGCGUCGCCCGCGCGCGCGCGCCGCGGCCCCGCGGCUCGCCGCGCGACGCGCUCGUGCACCCCGCGUGA